CGUCUGUACUGAUGUUAUCUGCAGCAUCAACCUGCGGGAAUCGAAGUCCGUCUCCAGUCUGUGGUGCAUUGGAAAACUGUGCGAACCUCAAACAUACACUUCGGAUGGCAUCAGAACAGGCGACGGAAAGACGGAGCGAUCAAGUUCUUCUCAGACAUGUUUUGUCUCCACCAUCUGAGUAAUUUCGUCGGCAAAAUAUUAUUCUUUGAAAGGCUUCCCUCGAUGAUGGAAAGUGAUUCACUCAGCGAGGUUUCUGCAGGCAGUGCGGAAGAGGAUGGGUUACUAGCACGCGCACCAAAAUUGUCGUGCGCCGACUGGAUGAUGACGUGUAACCUAUUUAAGGGCAGCUGGCAAUCCAGUACUACGCUGGACCCACACCUUGAAGUCGUGUUGCCUGUGUUAUGCAAGCGGUGCCACACUCUUUCUGCAAGGAGUGACGCACCACGUCGGUAUGCUAAUCAAAUGCAAAAAGUGGAGCGCGAGUUGAAGUCCAUAUCGCAGACUCUGAGUGCUGAUCUACUCCAACACAUACUUCGUGUCUUCCGCAAUGCAUGGUUUGGACAUGCAUUGUCAGAGACAUCUCAAGCGAGCUGCAUUGAAUAUGAUAGGCAACUCGACAUUCCUUCGAUGAUUAAAGAAGUACAGGCUCUCCAAGCGAAACUCGAUGCAACGGUGGAUGAGGAUGAGCAGCGAGCGCUGGAGGAGGACGUCACAGGCAAGGCAAGGGUAAGAUCCACUUGUCACGUUUCGAUGCUCAGGAUAGUCUUAGAUCUUGUGGCUGUGUUGGUGUGGGAUAUGUGCGGAAGUCGACCAACUGUUACCAAAGGUUGUGGAUUACAUUCGGAGAGAGGGAAAUAUGAAGGUCAGCUCCUUCACAUAUCCGAACGUCAUCGUAACCGCCGUCAACAGGGUUUACGGGAAUUUUUCUUCGCUAUGCAUUCAACAGACCCAGGUGAUGAUCAAGCUCACUCGCAGCGGUAGGCGACACCAUCGGCAUAUCACACCGUCAUGAAUCCAAGAAUUCAUAUUGCUCUAGGAUCAUGCUUGACGCAGGAGCCGGCACGUUGAAACAUCAGUUGUGGCUUGCCGCUCGGGCAGCAGAGCAAGCCAAGUGGUCCAGGGAUACCCCCGCUGUGGACGACCCGGGUUCUGUUCCGAGUACAAGCAAUCAACCCCCCUCCGCAUCAGUGGUUUAGCAAACUUGGAUGUCGUGUAACCGUCACCCCGAAGGGGUGGGGGUGACG